AUGAAAAAAUAUUAUAAUAAAUUUAUUUUUUUUAUUUUUACUAUUAUUAUAAUAAUAAAAUUAGUAAAUUCUAAUUUUCAAGAAGAUGAACCAAAUUAUAUAGAUAAAUAUAUAGAAAAUGAUAAUCUUGGAAAUAAAAAUAAAGAUAACAAUGAAAAAACACUUUUUGAAAAAAUAAAAAAUGAAUUGUUAAAAAAAAAAGAUGAUAGUCCAGAAGAUUAUGAUGAUGAAAAUCUUGAAAAUGGACGAACAUCAACUUUAAUCAAAAAAACAUUUUCUGAUGGAAAAACAUUUAAUUGUCAAAGGGUUAAAAAAGAAUUUUAUACUGGAUAUAAGUCAGAAAAAAUUAAUCCUGAAGAUAUAAGUAUUGUUGCAGCUAUGGGUGAUUCUCUUUCAACUGGAAUGGGAUUGUGGCAAAAUCUUAAAAUUGAAUUUAGAGGAGCAGUUUUUACUGUUGGUGGUGAUUCAUAUUUAGAAGGACUUGUUACAAUACCAUCAAUAUUACAAUUAUUUAAUCAAAAUUUAAUGGGUGAAUCACAUGGUAUGGGAGAUUUAGAUCAUUUACCAAUACAUCAAUUUAAUGUUGCUGUUAGUGGUUCACAAACUGAUGAUUUAGAAAGUCAGGCUAAUAAUUUAGUUUCAAGACUUUAUAAAACUUUUAGUCGAAAUGAUCUUGAACAUAAAUGGAUUCUUAUUUUUAUUACUAUAGGUACCGAAGAAACAUGUUAUCAUUGUGAUCCACCCUCUAUUGCACAUAUCAGAAAAUCUGUUAAAAUUCUUAGAAAACAAUUACCUAAAAUUUUUGUCGUUCUUAUUGGACCAUUAUUUGUUGCCUCAACAAUCAAACCACAAUUUAAUAUAUUAAAAAGUAGAUGCCCAUGUUUAAAAAAAAUGAGUAUGAUAAAUUAUGAAAUAUUACUUAAAAAAUGGAUUGAUAGUUUUGAAACAUUUGAACGAGAUACUGCAAUGUUAAAAUUUAAAAACUUUGGUCUUGUUGGUAUUCCAAAAUUGGAAUUGAUUAGUAAUAAACCAGAGUAUUACCUUUUAAAAGGUCAACCACUUUUAAAUAGAAGAGGACACUCAUAUGCAGCUAAAUGGUUAUGGAAUCGUUUGAUAGCUGGUAAAAGUUAUAAUACAACUUUUAGAUCAAUUGAAAAAGAUUCAUAUUUUUGUCCACCAAUGGAAUGUCCAUACUUUAAGGUUAUGGCAAAUGAAAUUGAAUGUAAAGUUGAGACAAUUAAAGAACAUGAAGCACAUAUUGAAGAUGCCAAAAAAAGAUUUAGAGAUGAAAAUGAUACAUUUAAUAAUUGGCAUCAAUCUAAACAUUUAACAAGAACACAAAAAAUGAUUAGAGAUAAUAUUAUAGUUAUAGUAUUAGCUAUUAUAUUUUUAUGUUUCAUGAUCGUUUUAGCUGUUGGAAGGCACAUAUAUAUCAAUCAAAAUACAAGAUUAUCAUAA